AUGCUGGGCGCAAAAUAUCUCUUCGUUGCUCGUCAGAGAGCUGUGUCUUCUCGGGCAAUUUCUAGUCUUUCGAGCAACCCAAGUAUUAAAGUCGUGAAAAGUCCCAAGGCACCCUUUACAAACUAUCUAAGCUACCUUGAUAAAGAACCGCCCAACGAGCACCUGGUAAUUGGAACAACUACACAGCUUCCCCCAACACCCCAGUCCUUCAGUGAGAACCGUGAGUUUGUCAAGAUUCUCGAUGAGGUCGUAUCCGAGUACGGCCACCAAGACGAAGACCUUAUCAAUCAAGCUCGGGCAUUUGCUAGCCCUGGAGGUUUCAACCUGGGGUCGGGAGGGGUCUUUUUCCCUCAAAAACGACCUGAUAGAAGCGGAUCUCGCAAGCAAGGUGCUCGAGGUGCUGCGGGAGGCGACGGCGCAGGCGGCGCAAGCGCACAGGGAGGGGCCGGUGGUGGUGGACGAGGAGGAUAUGUGCAUCUCAGCGACCGAAGGAACCCCCCAGACUUUGGACGGAUAGCAUGGCCUGAGGACAUCUUGGGCAGUGUUGAAGUUGACGAUGCGGGGACCAUUAUUGGCAAGGUACAGCCAAGCGGGACAUAUCGUAUCCUCACCAACGAGGGAAUCCUGGGACUCAGCCCAUUCUUACAAGGAAAACUAGUUGAAAGGUUGAAGCAGGAAGCAGCCAAGCGAGAGUGA